AUGAGUACUGUUCCGUUCAUCUCCCAGCUCACAUCGCUGUGGCAGGCUGCCACAGGCGACACAGACUACAAGAAAAUUCAACAGCGCUUCCUCGACAUGCACCAGUCCGACAGCCGCAUCUCUGAGAUCGGACGUAUGAAGGGAAUCCCUGUUACUGGCCACGUUAAAGGCGAUCUGACGAAUUGGGCCCCAGGCAUCACACAUCUCGCUCUAGGCGACACAGAUUCGUGUGUUCGCUCUGAGCAGGCUACAACCCGUACCUUACUAGUAUUGGGUUCUGGCGCACUCACCAUGCCCGGCAACUCUACAGCAGUCCCCAUUCUCGGUGGUGUUACAGGUAUCAACGCCGACGAGGCGUUCACAGGUGCUGAACCAGAAUGCACCCAGAAGUACAACCCUCAAGGUUACUUCAAUAUGAUCAACGAAUUUACGUCUGACUGGCGCGGAGGAGUAUUUGACGUCGUUGCUAUUGCCGUCGGCGAUACCGUGUUCGGUACCAAUGGCUCUGUAGCAAAAGCAACGCACAAGACAAUGAAGAUAUUCCGUAUUGAAGGCGAAAGUAUUUUCCUUACCGAGCAAGGUAUGGAUCGGCACGGCGCCAACAAUCGGAUCUUUCCUGGGCUCGGAGGCAGCGUCAUCGAGUGCCCCAAUGUCCUGCAGUUACUCGCGCCGCCGCAGAAAGAGGAUGAUCGUGUCGAAUACAGGCGGCCUGCCGUAUGUUACCUAAGCGUCGGCCAUUCAUCUUCCGAAGACCCCCCUCAUACCCACAAACUGCUCAAUUACGACGAGGCCGCCGAAGAGCUGAGGAACAUCGACACUCCGCAGUCCGCCUCCGAGUCGUAUCCGGCGGCAGUGAAGUUCAAAAUCAAGUCUUUGCGCGUCCUCACGAACGAUAGCAGAAGUAUGUUUCGGCGCGUUCCGCGCAUUCGCAAUCGCAAGCACAGUACUAGUGUGUGGCGUCUCGACAUCACUUGGCCAUCAGCCUCGUUCCAAUGCCACGAACGAGUGUACACGCCCUUGGUUCAGAAGACGAUACCUGAUGCCUACGACGAGAUGCGCCCUGCCUGGUUGGCGCACAUGCCGACGCGCCUCGCAGCGCUCAUGAGGGAUAAUCAGAUAACCUUCGGGCACGUCAGGAGCUUUGUCAUUCCCACCUCCAGAUCGAGCAAGAGAUUCUUGAGACCCAACCUCGCGCAAAACAUCACCGACCAGGAGCUCAGGCGGCUCGAACAUGGGCCCGUCUCGCUAUCGGCUUUGAGCACAGAGGGUAUCAAUAGCAUCAACGUCGUGCAAGAGCCUGUCCAACGCCUGCUCCAAUCCCGCGAAGUCAAAUGUGGCCGCAAGGUCCUCGGCGAUGUCGACCACGGGCGACACAUGGAGUACCUCGCUGAGUUCAGCAACGGCUCGACGUUCUGGACUCCAUCGUGCAAUGUCGCACAGGAUCUCAAGGAGGAGUUUUGGAAUAUCAUGACGAUGGGAGCUGAAGAAGUCGCGGAGAUUGCCGGUCUGGAUCUUCCGAAUCGCAAAGUGACCGUCAAAAGACCAGACGGGAGUACAGAGAUUGUGGGACAGACUCAGGUCUUCUGGCAAGAGGAACCGGUGCCGACGAGGCUGACUGAUAUGGAGCUCGAGGGACUGCUUUACCAUGAGCAUUUUGGUCUCAAUUUUGACGGUCUCAUGCCAUGCACGUAUACCGUCAACACCGACUGGGGGAGAGUAGAGAUUCUGCACAGUGGUGCUGCAUUCAUCAAGGAUCCGGCCGCCGACAAGGAUGGCGAGUAUGCUGAUAUACAGUGGGGUGAACGCUCCAUCUUCAUCGGUCGAACGUGGAGUAUGAAGUUCAGGUCGCGAAGCAUUCCGCUAUUUAUUUCCCACAAUGGUGCUGCCUACGACAUUCAGGGCACGCACGGUAGUGAUGCGAAAUUCGACCUGGACAAAAAGGGCAACGCAAUCCUCAGCUUCCCUGGCGAACACUUCGAAAGUCACGUCGACCCUGCUAAGGAUAUCUACAAUACAAGUAUAUUCCACAUCCGACCAAUCAUCGUCACGCCAGGUCUGCUGUGUAUUGAGACUAAUUGGGCCGCCAUCGACAUCACCAGCAAAGACGCGCGAGUUGUUCCCGACCCAACGGUCGACCAGAGCAUCUACACGAACGUGACAUUCACAGACACAUCAGUCGGCCUUGUUGCUGACGUCUUUGGCCAAAAAUUCGUCAUCCCCUUCCUCUUUGUGACACGCGACGAGUCCAUUGAUAUCACAAUUACGCACGGCCGAGACCACAGCCACCAUGAGGACAAACUCGGAUGUGCAAGUGCCCUGUUUGCGCAGAAGACGUACGGAAGCUGGUCCAGGGAGAGCCCAAAAUCGUUCACGGGCUGCAGGGUCAACAAGCGACCACCAGCUGCGCGUUUAGAAGUAGCGUAAUUGCGUGCGGUACCUUGCAUUGUCCGACACACUACAUGCCACGUAUGUACAGACAAGGUUACGAGAACUAGGAGUUGUUCAUCGACAUCGCGCGAUCAGUCUGGCAGACCGCCGGCGGAGCGGACAUGGGAUAAGCCCAUCGUCAUAUUGCUAUAGGUAUCCCUUGCUCGAAGAGCAAGGCUCUCCCAGGUCGAAAAUGUU